UGUGACCAUUAUACUUCACUACCAUUAGUUGAAGUUCUGGUGACGGACAGAUCGAAAGAAUUUAAAAGUAUAAAAAUGGCUGGACUAGACGAAAGUAAAACUAAGGAGUUCUCCCUACACUACUUCUCCUACCUUCUACUACUAAUGCUUAGUUGCUCAGUUUUAGCAAAGACACAUCAUGCUAACAUCAGUUUAGGUAUGACUGGUGAACUAACGGAAGAGCUGUUUUCUGGUUUCCGGAAAAUAGAAUCGGAAUAUUAUAAACAUCCAGCCCAACCUGCGGAUACUAGAAGAUAUUUCGAUCAUAGAUCAACUUACCCUGCGAGUAGUAUUGCAGCUCUGGGUAGAUUUAAAAAGUUUUUAAACUGGCAAAAUAUAGAAGAUCAAGGGAUAGAUGGAUAUAUUAUGGAAACAACCGAAGAUUCCAGAGAGCUGUUCAAACUUACAUGUAUAAUGAGUGCAUUGGAUGCAUUGCAUUUAAUUAUGGAGCGUAGAGAGCAAGAGUUGCAUACUGUCGUCUAUAUUGUACCAACCAGUGAUCACAGAGAUCCAGACUGCCUUGAAAAGUUGGAUCACUUUACUUUUCAGGACAUGGGUCAGCUCGGGUCCGUGAACUCCCCUUAUUUACGUGUGCUGAGUCCUGCCUAUGGAGACGGUGAUAUCCUGCCCCGUGGUGUAAACAAGUUUAAUAAACAGUUUGGAUAUGUUUCAAGCCUACCAUCUCCCAGGCAUAUUUCAGAUGUUAUCAUGUCGCAAGGAACUGAAGAAAACACUGAGAGCAGGAAAUUAAGCCACAUGGUUAUGCAAUGGGGACAAUUUAUUGGCCACGAUAUGAUGUCAACGGCAAGAGAAGCUUUCGACUGCUGUAAUCAUAAAAUAAAGAAUAGUUUCCGCUGUUUCCCAAUAGAUAUACAAGAAGAAGACUCAUUCUUUUCCCAGUUUGGGAAACAGUGUCUUGACUUUACCAGAUCUGAUAUUCAUUGUAAAAGUUCUUUGAAAUAUGCUGAACAAUUUAACACACAAUCAUCUUUUCUUGACGCUUCUCACAUAUAUGGAAGUAGCAAGGAAGCUGCUGAUAUGCUUAGAGGAGGCAAAAAUAGGAAAGGGGGAAGGCUUCUCGGAAACUCAGUGCUGCCUCACUUUCUGCCGAGCAAGUUUGAUUUAAAGAUGAAAAGUAAAGAACAUGAUCUUGGAACCGAUUUUGUGGCAGGAGAUAUGAGAGUAGAAACUCAGUCAAGCUUGACUGCAGUGCAUAACCUGUUCUUUAAUGAACAUAAUCGGAUUGCAGAUGGUUUAUACCAGGAAUUGAAGAAAAGGUAUUCCAUGCCUGACACCGAUCUUGAUGAAUUAGUUUUCCAGGAAACUAGAAGACUUGUGAUUGCUGAGAUUCAAGAAGUGACCUACAGAGAAUUCCUUCCAGUGGUUUUGGGUAAGCAGGCAAUGAUAGAAAACAAACUUGAACAAACUGCAGAGUGUAUUUACAAUCCAGAGACUGAUCCAUGCAUAAUUAAUGCAUUUGGUGCUGCAGCUUUCAGAUUCGGACAUUCACUGAUACAGAGUAUUUUUAGGGGUGAAAAUCAGCCCUGGAGAUUAGGCAAGUUCUUUGCAGACAGUAGGUUUGCUAGAAGUGAGGGAGGAACUGCUUAUGUUAAUGAACUGAAGGGACUAAGUAAACAACCUUGCCAGAGAGCUGAUCUUCAUAUCUCGCAACAGAUGACGCAAAAUCUUUUCUGUAACAACCAGACAGCGCCUGGAGGAGGACAUGAUAUUGCAUCCUACAAUAUACAGAGGGGUAGAGAUCAUGGUAUACCAGGAUAUGCUAAGUUCAGGGAAUUGUGUGGGCUCUCUCCAAUUAAGAGCCUGAAGGAAACCCCUGAAGGAGUAGAUCCAGCGUCUUGGAGUAAAAUACAAUCAGUUUAUGGUUCUGUUGAUGAAAUAGAUUUAUUUGUUGGAGGGCUGGCUGAAAUACCAGCGAAAGAUGGUUUGAUUGGUCCAACCUUCGGGUGUAUUAUUGGUAAACAGUUUAAAGCAUUGAUGGAAGGAGAUAGAUUCUUCUCUCACCAUGUAGGGGGACCAGAUAUUUUUCCCCUCAAAGGGGCUGCAGCGGCAGGGUUAGGAUCUCGGACCCUAGCUGCUAUUAUCUGUGAAGUAACCGGAGCAGAUAAACUUCCACCAAACGUUUUCCAGUUAAUUGACGAAGCUGGGAUGAAAGCCUGCAGCGAGCUACCAAAACUGGAUUUAAUGAAGAUUGCUAGUGAAAUAGAAAUAAAUUAAAACCAAAAAUAUUGAAUUAAUAAAUUGAGAUUUUUAUUUUCAAAAUCUUUCCCA